ACUCCACCUAAAAGGACUUAGCCUUAAGCUAGUCAGGCUGUUUUUUUUUUCAGCAGGGAACUUUUAAGUCAGAUAGAUCACACAGGUAGAACGAAUACAUGGCAGGACUUUAACUUUUUUAAGCCGGACUUUGCAUCGGAUUUGUGUCCGGCUUGUAUUUCCCCCAUGCUCCAAUAGGUGGCGACCCUUGCCUACCACUGCCAGCAGAGGGAUGAAAGUUUAAUUCACUCAACAGGUAUCUGUGGCUGCUGUAGUGCGUGAUAGUAGCCAUACCAGUAUUUCUGAGUCUCGUGAAUUUUGUAAAGGAGCGUCGCACUGAAGGAUGGUUGCCUACUGGAGACAAGCAGGAUUGAGCUACCUUCGCUAUUCGGCUAUCUGCGCACAGGCGGUGCGCGAGGCGCUGAAACCGCAGUUCAAAACGGCCGCGCUACGGAAUGCCGAAGCGAGCGUGCAGGUGGUCAAGCGCAAAGUCACCUGAACUCAACAGGACCGGACCCUGAAUGAGACCCAGCUGCUCCCAUGUUAAUCCUUGAUUACAAUGUAGGCUAAUCUCAUUAAAGCUUUGAUGAUCGUA